CUCCCAGUCUCAGUUCGAACACGGAGCGAGUGGGCUGGUUUCUCCCGUGCGUCUCACAUUUCACGCGUUGAAUCAAAUAAAAGAUUUAUAACACUUCAUUUAAUAAUCGAAUCCAAACUCUAAUCUCACUUUAAUCCAGUCAAUGUCAACAACAUUUGCUCUUCCACGACGACUUUCCUUCUCCACGCGGCAGUGCAACGCUGGUGAAGAAAUACUUACACCGAGGACCCGUCAACUCUUGAAAAGAAAGUGGAAUCGCCAUCGCUAAAAUUGUUUUUGACGUUGAGUAAUGUGAAUCAUAAAUUUUUGGAAUUAUUAGCCGUGUAAAGACCUCGGUGUGGAGUAAGUGAGCAAAUAAACAACAAGCUCCUGUCCGUCUCUUCAUUAAAAUAACGACUAAACUUGUAACUACUUUGAAGGAGGAGGAGGAGAACGUCGAAGUUAAGACAAGAGCAGCAGCCGAAGCAGCAGCAGCUCAAAAAUUAAAAUGCAGCAACAGUAGCAAACCCAUUGUUCGCAAGUUCAGCCAGACUUUGCACUUUCUCUCCAACCAGCAACUUGCUCAGCUUAAUCUACGACCUCUUCUUUUUAAUCACCUCCACUUUGCACUUCUCUCUUCGCAAUUCGCCACCAACUUUUAACUCCUUGGCAGUGGCGUCGUGUGUGACUUGAAGUUUCAUCCUGCUCCCUAAUCUCCUUCCCUCUCCCUCAACGUGAGCAAAGAAGGCGAGCAUGUGAGUGAGAAUUUUAAUAGAAAGUAAAUCGUUCCGAUAUAGCCAAACGAAACUCAAACUCUGCCCUUCUUCCGACUCAAACAACGCAAAGUAACUAAAACCAAGAGUUAUUCUUGGGCGAGAAGUCCGGUGGUGGAGAAAGUGGGAAGCAAUCGUUUAAUCAAUGGGACGUGUGAUAGUUCCGGCGCUCGUCCAUCAAUUUUCCCGAACCUUAAAAGUCAUCAAAGCCCUUGAUUAAAUUUUUAAUUAAUUUUCUCUCCACCUCGCACUCCAGAUCGUAAUCUGAUUCUGGUAAAAUUGUGUAAAAACAAACAGAUUGUGCUAAGACCAUCGUGAUCGUGUCUCCUUUGUGAAAAAGAACAAAUUGCAGUGAGACGCCAGCAACCAAACCAAACCAAACCAAUAAUAGGCUUACUCGGAGAGAGAGAGCCAAGCAAUCCAAAAAUCGGAAAGGUCUAGCGCAGUCCUUGCCCUUGAAGAAGGAAGACGGAUUACUCCUUCCCCCGAGCAGAAAAAGCCUUUUUAAAGGUCUUCAAUCAGUCCGAAAAGAGAAAGAAUAAAGUCUUGACAUCCGGAUCCAGGAUGGCAAGAGGGAUAAACAUAUUGAGGAAAUUGGACCUUUUCUGUUCCUCGUUUGGCUGAACAUCCAACCAACCAACCAACACAGUCAGAGUUGAACUUAUUAUUGGACUCUGUGCAGUUCGAAAAGAAUUCCCAACCUCCGGCACUUUGACUCCACUUUUUGACUGCGUACGCUUCUUCUCAAUAGACUACUACACAACCGACUCAAAAUCACAUCAGUCAAAUGCAGACACAAGGAAGGGAAUACAAAAAAUAACAUAACAGGCAGCCCAGCAUACGGCGGCAGGUUUUCUUCCACCCAAACAUUUUGGUCGUGCCAGCAGCAGCGGUGGUAAAUUUUGCUCAUAUCUCAAAACUGGAGUAAGUGAAGUGCAAAUAAUAAAGUCGCCAGUGAGUAAAAUCAAGACUUUGUUCCCCACUUUCUUCCCAGGAAGAAGUGCAUCACCUAAAAUACAGGAGGAGAGAGAGAGAGAGAGUACAUAUAAAGGUGUUCGUUAGACUGAACAUCCGCUCGAUUUUCAAUCUCAACAGAGGGAAGAAAACCACAAAGACCGUAUUACCAACUUGAGAGCUGCGGUGGACAACUAUCCUCCAUUCGGAGAAAGUGAAAGAAUUUGAGGAAGGAAGAAGGAGAGAAAGUCUGGAAUCCAGUUCCGAGAAAUUGGUGGACAUUGCGGAAAGUGAUCGACAAUGAGGGAAUUUGUAGCUAUGCCCUUAGUCGCGGCUUUGUUCCUCCUCGGAAUAACCGGGGCAGAAGGACUGAAGAACGUGCAAGUUAUUGUGCCAGGAUCCGUGGUAAUUAAUGAGCAUGUUACCCUCCGCUGCCUCUUCGACCUGGACCACAACGAGUCGCUCUACACGGUCAAAUGGUAUCUGGAUGGGGAGGAAUUUUACAGAUAUGUUCCGAAAGAGGUCCCACCCAUCCAAGUUUUUCCCCUGAGCGGAAUUCUCAUUGAUACAUCAAAAUCAGACGCUCACAUCGUUCACCUGAAGUCCGUCAGACAUGAGCAGACGGGAACAUUCAAGUGUGAAGUGUCGGCAGAUGCUCCCGGUUUCGACACUGAUGUAGUUCAAGCUCAAAUGACUGUCGUAGAGUUUACAGAAAAUCCUCCACUUAUCGAGCCGGGCAAGAAUCGCUACGAAGUUGGUGAGAGGAUUCGAGCUAAUUGCAGUUUUGGACCGACUCGCCCAGCUGCGAAUAUUUCAUGGUUCAUCAAUAACGUGCAGGUAAAGCCUCACUUCAUCCACGACGCACCCUUAUUCAUUGACGGUCAGGGGGGAAACUGGGUAAAAUCCACGGUGGAGAUGGACACAGACGCCAACAGCUUUCGCGGAGGACGCCUAAAGUUAAAGUGCGUCGGGAGUGUUUUCUCCGUCAACCGUAGGUCUGCUGAGGUGCAAAUUGACGAGGAGAAGCCAAGGUCCGCCUCUGUCAAAGCGGGGUCGAAAGACGCGUCAGGGAACAACAGGGAAGCAGGACUGCACAAUCCAGCUGUUGCAAGCGGUCUGCCCAACCAAGUUUCAGACGCAUCUUCUUCAACGUCAUCGUCCAUCUGCACGGGAGCUGCUGCUGUCCAGAGCAUAGUCUUGGCGGCUCUUCUCAUAAAUUUAGGCUUCGUCUUCAACACCUACUCAAUCUCAUCCUCCUUCUCGAGUUCUUCCAGCAGAUCCAGAUAGAAUCCAGUUCACAAAUUACUACUCCAUAGGCUAGAGGAAAAUGGUACUAACUAAUUUUUAUCCGUGGACGAUGUGUUUUAUACCCAAACCAUACUUACUUACUACUUGUGACUGCGGGAGAGACGGAGGAACCCGUUCACCGACAACCACUCGAGGAAAUGCUAUACCAAAAGUGAUGAGGAGUUUCCCAAUGUCAGAAUAAUUCUCAAUUCUCAUGCUCCCCUAUUUUCUCUCGUGUCGUUCUCUGCACAGAAACUAAAUCCUGUAUUACUCCCAAGUACAUGUACAUAAACUAUGAAAUAAUUUCCUCUGUGUAAUAGCGUGACGACGUUGAGGAGAAGGUGAACGUGCAGUUUCGUAUAAGUGAGUACUAUGUGUUUAUAAGAUAAUAAAUGUCGUGGUGUGAUCUUGUAGAAGAAGAAGACGGUGAAGGAAGACUGGGUGAACUUGAGAAUGUUUUGGGUAGCACGUUUUCCCCGAUUUAAGAUUAGGAUCUGUAAGAUUUCAAUUAUUUGAAUCAACUAAAAUGUUGACCAUUGUUGUCCUUAUUGUCGUCUCGGAGAGCAGAGCAACUCCACUCGGCCCGAAUUAAGACUCAUCUUCCACCACAGUGUUAACAACGUGAUCUAAUAACUUGAGCACUUUGAAGAACAGUGGUGCAUACAAAUCCCAGAUAAGAUGUGCUCCUCGGGUUGGCGUAGUCAUAGGCUGUCUAAUUUCUUGGGCAAAGAUUGGAAUCAAACGAAGCGUCCAUUGUAAUUCGGAGAGAAGAAUGGAGUGUCGAGGAGGAGAAACGCCCCGUGCAUACGAUUAGGAAACGACGUGGUGGUGAAAGUUGGUAUAAAUAGGAGCCGGCAGAACUGUCGGUUUCUUCUUCUCCGCCCUGCCUGUUGCCACCAUCCCUGCAUACUAACGACCACCAACAGCUCCAACCAAACCAAAAGGAGAACACCAAGGCAAGUAAGUAAGCAGGAUAAACUGAGCAAACAUUUUACCUCACUACAUCAACAUCCACUUUCACUACUCGAACACUUGCUGGGAAUCAGUGCAGUGCAGUGGAAGAAGAAUGCAGUGUUUGCUUGUAGUAAAUUUCUCUAAAACCACUGCAGUAAAUUGGCACUUAUCUUUGGGAUAAUCUUACGACAGCAGCAAUUGCAUCCUUGUAAAAUGGUCGCCAAUCCAGCCCCACACAAGUUCGGCACGAUGUUCUCUCGUCUCUUCGCAUCAGAGUGACGUCUCAUACUAAGCGAUGGGUUUUACAAGGAGAAAAUGAAACGAUUCUCAGUCAGCCUCUGUUCAACAAAGCAGUACAACUUGGCUAACUUCAAUUUAAAUUGGAGAUGACAAUCUGUGAGGGUUUAAUUUAAUUGGAGCAGCAAACAGAACGCUCUGUAUUUCUGAAAUUAUAAGGUAUGCAUACAUACAUGUCGUUCUCUGGUAUAUGUAGUAAAUACACUGUGGUGCUACCUUAUAGGAAAGUUUCAUAUGCAUGAAACCCAGUUCGGAGGUUAAAAAAGAAGUUGUUUUAUUAUUGCGUUAAUAAAAGUCUAUCAAAAUUUUCUUGUAAAUAUUGUGUGUACAGUGCUUUUGAUAUCCAGAGUAAAAAGAAGGAGGACUAAAUAUUCAUUAAUUAAAAUCAUGCUCAUUCAUGGGCUCCAGGAGGACACGAAGUAAUUAAUUGUCUCUGAACUCGACACGGUGUCAUUGGCGAGUCAAAUCUAAUUAAGCGUGUAGCUCUAUGUGUAGAUAAUACUUGUAAUUCUUAGUCUGUAUAAAAUACAUACGAAAUCUGAAAAACACUGCAAAAGGGAAUAUGUUAGUUACGUACAUUGUUUGUAUCCUGUAAUUUUAGCGUAAAAACUAAAGUGGUGAUCCGUGUUUCGAAUCGUAAUCGCGUGAGAUGCUACAUAUGUAUGCACAAUGUAAUGGUCGUGUGUGAGUGAGUGAGUAUGUCUGGAUGGAUGGACACGGGUCAGAAAUCGAAAAUGCUGAUGACAAGAAUGGCCAGACAAUCUAUUUUGAAAUAAAUAUCUACCUCAGUAAAAGAGUUAAAUACUAACUACAUACACAAUUUAAAAUCAAGUCUUUUUGACCUACAUUUAAAUAUCUGAGCAAACAUGUAGAGGUUUAUUUUGAUUUUGAGAAAGUUGAAACUUACUAAAUACACUAGCUUCAAAAUAAAUUAGAGAUUUUUCGUCUAAUUAAAUCAAUAGCUACAUAGGUAAAUCCUGGGUUCCAAUUGGCAUUUCAUUAUUGCACAGCAUUUUCGAUUUCCGACCAGUGUGAUACGAUAAGGCUAGACGUCGUGUGCAUGAAUCAAACGAGGGUAUGAACUGUAUUAAUAUUAGGUGAAAGAAAAGUAUGUAAAGCGAGUAUGUAUGUGUGUGUACCACGCCGUGUAUAGAUAUUUAGUUGAUGUGGACGAACCUAUAUGAAUGUACAUGACAGAUAAAUAGAACGCCACGAAUUUAUUUGUUGUAGGUAAUAGCACACCGCUGACUCCCGUCGACCCAAAUUCCCAUCAAACUAAUGAAAUUGAACGCGUCUACUGUGUCACACACAAUGACUGGUGGCGAUGACAAAGCGAGACUUAUUUUCUCUAACGAUGUAUGUACAUAGUUUAUGGAUGAGUUAACUAAACUGCUCCCAUUAUAGCCGACUAUUAAUCAAAAUCCGAAAUUCGUGUCGUUCAUAAUAUUGAUGAUUAUAACUCUUAUACAGUGUUGCACCUAAUUUGUGAAUGUACUACUCAUACUUGUAUUUACGAAUGGCCCAAAAUUAUACAUGUUUGUGCAGCAUGCAGUUGGUGACUUGUUUCUCGUUAUUAUUUCUGAUCUUUGCGGAACGGAGGGACGAGGACGGGAUAAAUGUUGAUAUCUUUGUUAUAGGUUUUAUAAUAUGCUUAAAUAAAUUCAUAUAAGUUUGUAGUUUAGUAGAGACGUACUCAAUUCUGAUCUCGCUGUCCUGGAUUUAAUUUUACCGUCGCGUCGAGUAGAGUAGAACAUUAUCCGAUACAAUAUGUAAGUUUUUAACCUGUAUUCCAAACUGAAACAAAACAAUCGUGUAUGCUAAACUAUAAUAAAGUCUAUUCAUUAAAAAUCGAUGUGGAA